UAACUUACAUAUGACAUAAGUUUUAAGUCCCAAAUUUUGCGCAUUUCAAACGGAUAAGGGAAAAAUAAGAUAUAUUAUGCCGGCCAAUCGAUUAAAUAUUUACUUGAAAUCGGAAUUACCCUAUCUAAUGAUGAUUAUUCAGGCAGCGGGAGAUGCCACUAAACCACAGAAGCAGUUGUCCGCCGUCCAGGAGAUCCGCUUGCUGGUGUGCUCAGAGAGUCCACCCAUCAAUGAGCUGAUCGAAAAUGGGGUUUUGCCAGUUUUGGUGGAGUGCCUCAAGGAAAAAGGUCAUAAAAGUCUGCGAUAUGAAGCCGCCUGGUCACUGAGCAACUUAGCCUCUGGCAACUCGGAACACACCACCCAGGUUGUGGCGGCUGGGGCAGUACCAUAUUUGCUGGAGCUUCUGAAAUCGCCUGAUCUGGAUCUUUGUGAACAGGCCGUUUGGGCUUUGGGUAACAUAAUAGGCGAUGGUCCUUUGCUACGCGACUUUGUCAUCAGGUUGGGCGUGGUUCCGCCCUUGCUCUCCCUCGUCCAACAGGACAUGCCCCACCAAUUUCUAAGAAGUGUGAUCUUGGCCAUUGGGAAUCUAUGCCGUCACUACGAUCCACCGAUAUCGGCAGAAACUAUUGAUCAGAUCCUGCCGACACUCAAUGUUUUGAUCCAUCACGAGGACGUGGAAAUACUCAAAGCCACUUUGUGGACCAUCAGCUUUUUGGCCGACGGCAGUCAGGAUCAGAUCCAAAUGGUUAUAGAUACUGGAAUGCUGGGCAAGUUGAUAUCCUUGAUGGGUGACAAGGAGGACACAGUGCGAAGGGCGGCAAUGCGUGCCGUGGGAAAUAUUCUGUCCGGAAACGAUGAGCAGUGCCAGAAAGUUCUCGGCCUCGAUCCCUUGUCGUAUUUUCCAACCUUGGCCUUCUUCUCCGACACGGAAUUGCGCGAGGAGAUUCUAUUCAUCCUUAGGGCCAGUUCCCGAAGUCAGAAGUGGGUGCAGGCCUUCAUAAACGUGGGACUGUUGGCUAAAAUAACUGAGAUUUUAGGCAGGGGAGAAAUGCAUGAAAAAGCAGUGGCUGCUAUGGUCAUUAGUAAUCUCACAAUCAAUUGCAAUGAGGAACAGUUACUGGUUCUUAUUGAAGGGGAUGUCCUUCAGCCAUUCUGUGAUCUGCUCACCAGCCAGUUUGAACAACUUUCACGGACUGUGCUAAAUGGCCUUAGAAAUAUGUUCGAGGUUUCCCAAUCCCUUGCGGAUAAGGUGGCCCAAACCAUCGACGAGUGUGGCGGUUUGGCCAAAAUCGAGAUACUUCAGACCCACGAAGAUGUGCAAAUCUAUCAGUUAGCCCUCAACAUCAUAGAACGAUACUUUGGCUGUGAAACCUAGCCCAGCUUAAAUUUGAAUUUUUAUUCAAAAAUGCUAUAUUGCAUGUAACUUUUUACUCGACCCCUUUUGAAUAA